AUGGUGCGCACGCAGCAGCACGGUAAGAUCGAUCGGGCGCGCCAGCUGCAAAAGCCCUUCAAGGAGGUCGCAGGUGUUGCAAAGGACGACGCCAUGCUGCUUGGGAAUCCAGCGGCGCGCCAGAAGGACAAGUUUGUAUCUUUGGGCGUCCCCGGCGACGAGGAUGCGGCCGCCUCGUCGUCCGCAGCCCCGCUGGCGCCAGACGGCGAGCCGCAGCAGCACCUGCCGCGGCUGCCGUCCGGGUCUGAGGUUGUGCCACCUGCAAUGGGGCCGCCGGCGGGGCUGUUUGAAGACCUGGCGGAGCCCUUAGCAAAGGCAAGUGCUCUGAGGGGACACGUGGUCGUGUUUCAUCGGGGCCGCAUCGCGGUGAUUACUGUGGCUGAGUCGCUGGACCGCCGCGCCCUGGAGGAGCUGCUCACUGCCAAGUUCCCGCGGUUGCAGGUCAAGAGCUACCAGGAGGUGUUGCACGCGACACCCAGCCUAGGGGAGAGCAGCGGGGACGCCUUCUUUUUCAACUACGGCACGGUGGUGUUCUGGGGCAUCAGCACGGCGGACGAGCAGGCGCUGAUGCACACGGUGGUGCGGCCCUGCAGCGUGGGGCCGCUGGAUGUGUCCGAGGUCGAGAUCGACUCGUUCUCGUACAAUUACAGCGCAGUGGAGCCGCCGCACGUGCAG